UUGUCAUUUGCCGAAGUUUUUCUAUUUCCUCUUCAGUUUCAGAAAGUUUGAUUUUGUGAUAAACUGUGAUAAUAAAUCCUUUUAUCUGUAUAACUAAUCAGAAGUAUGCUCAAAAGAGGUAAAAUUUGUUACUAGAUAUAUUAGAAUAGCUCUCGUUUAGUUGCGUGUUUGUCAAAAUGUGUGAUCUUACUUCUACUGACGCGGUGCACUGGCGGUUUAGGAAGAAUCCCCCCGUCGUUGGUGGAGGAGGCAGCGUUGGAGGUGGCUUGAAGAUAGCUCUGGUGCAGAUGGCGGUGGGCCCGGACAAAGCCAAGAACGUGGCGGCCGCCGUGAAGGAGAUCCACAAGGCCAAGAAAGAUGGCGCGCAACUUGUGGCCUUGCCGGAGUGUUUCAACUCGCCUUAUGGGACCAAAUUCUUCGACGAGUACGCAGAGGAAGUGCCUUCUGGGGAAACAUGCCGCGCUCUAUCCCGGGCGGCGGCCGAAAACGGUGUUUGCGUGGUGGGCGGCACCGUGCCCGAGCGAGUCGGCGGCGACCUUUACAACACCUGCACCGUGUGGGAUGCCAGCGGGAAGCUAUUGGCUCAGCACAGAAAGGUGCACCUAUUCGACAUAGACAUUCCGAACAAGAUAACGUUCAAAGAGUCUGAAGUCCUCUCGGCUGGAGACCAGAUCACCACAUUCGAGUUCAACGGCGUCAAGAUCGGGCUCGGCAUCUGCUACGACCUGCGCUUCGGCGAGAUGUCGCACAUCAUGGCACAAGAAGGCUGUUCCCUGCUAAUCUACCCUGGUGCCUUCAACAUGACGACCGGCCCCCGCCACUGGGAGCUUCUAGGGCGGGCGCGCGCCAACGACCACCAGCUGUGGGUGGCGCUAGUGAGUCCCGCGCGCGACACCAGCGCCGGCUACGUCGCGUGGGGCCACUCCACACUCGUGGACCCCUGGGGGGCCGUCGCGGCGAAGUUAGACGAGAAGCAAGGCACGCUGCUGGCUGAUAUUGAUUUCAAUGUGGUGGAAGAAGUACGAAGCCAAAUACCUAUAAGGACGCAGAGGAGGACAGACCUGUACGAUACGAUUAAGAGGAAAUAGAAGAAUGAUAUUAUAUUUCUUGUCAAAAUUGUCAUAUCAAUAGGAGCAUUUAGUUAGACCCACGUGGGCACUCCUUUAUAUCGCAAUACUUAUAAAAAUGUGUUAAAUGUUACUUAUAUUUUUUGUUAUUUUGAGAGGUGGUGUGCGAACGAAAGAUCUAUGAAUUAUGUUAUCAUGAUAAAAUACUAUUGUUUUUUGACAGUUUUGUGAUGGUUACCAUUAAAGUUUAUAACUUUAUAA